AUGUGCAAUUUUAUAAUAUUUACUACUGUAUUUUUGGUGGCUCAGGUUGAAAUGGCGGCUGUUACAACUAGCAGACAGGUAAUUUCGAAAAUGAAUUUUGGCAAAAAAAUGAUGAUGUUUUUAAGGUUAUUGAUCCAACAAUCCAGCAAUAUGAGACAACUCUGAAUGACGAAGAUUUUGAAAGUGAUCUUCAUACACGAUAUGAUCUUCAUCAUAUGGGUAAGAUUUUUUGUUCGAUUUUGCAAGAAAAUUUUCAGAAAAAUCCCGAAACAUUUCCUGCAGGAAUCCAAAAUUUUUUGAAACUGACAACUCUUUCGUAUCCCCCAUUUUCCAGGAAUCAAAGUGAAAGACGACCCGACGAUCGGAAAUUACAGCGAGGGAGAUAUUUAUCUAGAAAAUGUCAAAAAAUUCGUAGAUGACAACAAUAAAUUGGGCCGAAAUGCGAUUCGACAAGCGUAUCGAAGAUGGCCAAAUGGCGAGAUUCCUUAUACACUUUCAUCGCAAUAUGGAGCUUAUGCGAGAAGUGUUAUUGCAAAUGCAAUGAAUGUGAGUGAAGAUUUUAUGGGAAAAAAAAGUUCUUUAAAAAAAGUGGAAUAUUUCAGGAGUAUCACAAGAAAACUUGCGUGAAAUUCGUUGCUCGCGACGCUUCAAAACAUCAUGAUUAUCUUUGGAUUCAUCCAGAUGAUGGAUGUUAUAGUUUAGUUGGAAAGUGAGUUUCGAUUUUGAAAAUUACUUCGAUAGAAUUGCAGAAAAAUGUGCGACUAGAGACUUUUUAGAAUUCAAAUUCUAAAGCUCAAUUAAUCAAUCAUAAAUUUUCUAGAACUGGUGGAAAACAGCCAGUGUCCCUGGAUUCCGGAUGUAUUCAAGUUGGAACCAUCGUUCAUGAGCUGAUGCACGCUGUUGGAUUUUUCCACGAGCAAAGCAGGUUUGAAUUUUGUGAAAUUUUUGAAUUCGGAACAAAUCAGAAUUUUGCGAACAAGACAUCUUCACUUUUCUGAAUCAAUCCACAGAUCAUAAUUUUGUCAAAAACUUUAUCUCGAAAUUCCAGACAAGACCGCGAUGCUUACAUCGAUGUCGUUUGGCAAAAUGUGAUGAAUGGAGCUGACGAUCAAUUCGAGAAAUACAACUUGAACGUGAUUUCACAUCUCGACGAACCCUAUGACUAUUCCUCAAUUAUGCAUUAUGGCCCAUACGCGUUCAGUGGUUCCGGCAAAAAGACAUUAGUCCCUAAGAAGGUAUCCUUAUUUUUUUGUUUCAAAAUCUAACUCAUGUAAGCCUACUUGAUUAUAGAGUGGCUCGGAGAGAAUGGGGCAACGUGUGAAAUUUUCGGAUAUUGAUGUGAGAAAAAUCAAUAAAUUAUACAAUUGUGAUGCUUCUUCCAACAACAACAAUAACAAUCAAAUCAAUACAAAUUCAAUUGUGAAUCAUCCUGUUCAGGUAAAAUAGAUAGAUAGAUAUUAAUAUGUUUUAUAUGUGUUUUUCCAAUUUGUUCAGUCACGUUUUGCUGGAUUGCCUUCUUCUGCUAACCAACGUGUUGUUUCUACUAACACUCAACAACGAAGGAUUAUUCGUAUUUUUGGUUGA